CAAAGAAAGAUCUGCAACUUCACCACCGGACCAGUCUCUCUCUAUCUCUCUUCAUCUCUGUCUCUCGACCUCGCGCCACGAAUCAAUCAUGACUGAAGAACAAGACCUCAUCGACCAAUCACCACCGCCUUCAGCACCCGACCCUGAACCAAACCCGAACCCGAAUUCAGUAAUCCAUCCCAGGCGUGUCUCUUUCGAGCACGGACUCCUCCCGAUCCAGAAACUCGUUUUUACCGACCCGAUCCAAACCUUAGCACCUGUCAAGCAGAAGCUAGCCGAUGCCGCUUCUAAUAACCGCGUUGGAUCGGCUGCAAUCGCCGACGUUCUCCAGAUCUCCGGCGACCAUGCGCGUCUCGUUCUCGAGACUCUCGGUUCUGUGCUUCAUUCCGAGUCUGACCCUCUGGUUCGGGCGAAACCUGAGGAAGUUGAUUCUGUCGGAGCUGAUUUGCGGGAUCUAAUUUUGUUUCUGUAUAUUCAAUCGUAUAAGAAGUUGCUUCCUAGGACGCAUAAGGACUCCGCCGCGGUGGCUGAUGUAUGGCCGUCGACUUCAGCUUUUGAUGGAUACUUGUCUGCGUUAUCGCCAAUUCAGCUUGUUCGUAGCAACAGCCGUCGAUUUAUGCCAUCACAAGCAGAUGAUGAAGCUCAUCAAUUGUCAUAUUUGCAAAAACAUUUGGCAAACAUCAUUUCUCUCCUUGCCGAGCCUGUGGAGGGAGAAGGAGAUGAAUCAUUGGUUCUCUCUAUGGAGGCUUUCGAGCACCUGGGUUUUCUUGUUCAGUUUGGUGAUAAAGGAUCUGAUGUAUCUCCAUUGAGCCAAGCUACUCCUUUUUUUGCAAAUUCUGAUCCGGAUAUGCCCGCUGUUCCGGUCCCCGCUUCCCAAGUGCAUGACUGGCUUCUGCAAAACAUAGCUUCUGCUUUAGAAAGCAUUACUGAGAGAAUUUCUGGAAAAGAGAACGGACCUUCUAACGAUCAAGAUGAUGCGAUGUCAGAUGUUUGUGCUGCUCCAAACAAGGUUGCACCUAGUACUAGAGGCCCGUGUUUAAUCGAGGGAGUCUCCAAGACUUCACUUGUUAAGCAGGCCUCCGAUCUAAGGGGUAGAUCUGUGAAGGUUGUCAAUUGCCAUGAUUCUGUAAUUUAUCUUUUAGCACCAUUGCGAUAUGCAACUGUGCACGGAUGUUCUGAUACUACUAUAGUUUUGGGAGCUGUUGGCAAGGCAUUAAAAGUUGAGCACUGUGAGAGAGUUCAUGUGAUUGUAGCUGCUAAACGAGUGUGCAUUGCCAAUUGUCGUGAAUGUGUAUUCUUCUUGGGAGUCAAUCAGCGACCACUUAUUGUUGGUGAUAACCACAAACUGCAGGUCGCUCCAUAUAAUACAUUUUACUCUCAUUUGGAAGAGCACAUGAGUGAGGUAGGGGUUGAGCCAACUAUCAACAAAUGGGACAAACCAUUGGCUCUGGGAGCAGUAGAUCCACAUGACUCACUGUCACACCCUGCCGGUGUUGCUGAUGCACAGGCUGAAUCAGCUGCUUCUGUAGACCCUGACCAAUUUGUUAACUUUUUGAUCCCAAACUGGUUUAGUGGCGAGGAGACUGGUUCGACGAAAGACAAUCCAUUUCCAUUGCCAGAUACUUAUAUGGCAGCUCAGCAGAGAAACCUUAAGAACUUUGAAGAAACAAGACGAUCGUUAAAAGAAGCACCUUUGGAAGAAAACCGGAAACGAGAGCUAUCAAGUGCACUCCAUGUUUAUUUCAAAGACUGGCUUUACGCAUCUGGAAAUAUAAGGCAACUCUACUGCCUACAAGCUUCGUCGGCGAUGGCAGAAUCGACGAGAAAUCUGACUGGACUUGGAGGAGAAGCAGCGAAAGAAGAAGAUGAUGACUACAUGGGAGACCUAUCUCAGUUUAUUCCACAGGAACUUACCCAGACCUCCAAAAGAAAGGAAUCUGAAAAGAAAACUGUAAUAGUAGAACCAUCACGGAAGAAGUUGAAGAAUCUUAAUUGGCACGAGAGAAGAAGAUUGGAGAAAGAGAGGAAACAGAUAGAAGAGGAUGAGCAGACAUUGGCUCGUAUAGGUGACACUCCAAUUGGAGAGUCUAACAUAGGGUUUAAGCUAUUAAAGCAAAUGGGUUACAAGCCAGGUUCUGCUCUUGGUAAAGAAGGCUCUGGUAUGGCUGAGCCUGUGACUAUGGAUAUUCGAAGAUCGAGAGCCGGUGUUGGAAGAGAGGAUCCACAUAAGGAGAAGAGGAAAAAAGAGGAGAUUGAGGCGGAGAUUGAGAAGAGAAAGGUGGAGGAGAUGUUGGAGGAUUUUGGGUCUAGACAGAAGUCUCAAUGGCGUAAGAAGAGAGUUUUGAUUAACUUUAGGAAGGCUAAGGCUGCUCUUGAUCAACUUGAGAACGUAGAAGUUGUUCCGGAGAAGAAAAAUGAGGAAGAUGAGGAUGGUAAGCCUGAUGAAGAAGAGGAAGAGGAAGAGGAGAUCACUGAAGAGGAUUUGCAAGAAAUAUUAAUGAAACUGAGAGAUGAACAUCGGUAUUGCCCUUUCUGCGGGUUCCAGUAUGAAACGACUGAAGCUCUUCUAUCCAAUUGCCCUGGCGUGAAUGAGGAUGAUCACUAGAUAAGUCACAGUAGUAUGGAAGCUCACAAACAAAAUUCAUGUCUGCUUCACGUUGAAAAUUUCCUGUUGUGGCUGAAGAGGAAGUAAGAUACAGAAGAAAGACUGCGUCUGCAG